GCCUAAAGCAGAAAUUGGUGGUUCCCGCUGUGCUCUGACUGUGCCUAGGAGUUUGUGUUCCGUUAGGCUUCGAACGAAUAACACAGUAAUUGCUCUAUCUUAACUCGAGCUCUAGUGCACAGUCUAUUCUGCAGGAAUAGAAAACAAGCCUUAUAAGUGUCUCGAUCAAAUUAAAAUCAUCUAAUUUUCGUGGAGAUUACAGAAAAAUGGUGAAUCGUUUAGAUAUAGUAAUUUUUGGUGCCACUGGAUAUACGGGAAAGUUGUUAGUAAAAAAUGCGAUUCAUAUGUGCAAGGAUCAGAACCUGAAGUUCGGUAUUGCUGGUCGUAGAAAAGGAGCUUUAGAAGCAGUAAUUCAAGAAUUUGCCUCAGAUAAUGAAAUCAUACCUAUUAUUCUGGCUGAUGUAAACGAUGAAGAGUCUCUUCAUAAAAUGACAAAGCAAACAAAAAUACUCAUUAACUGUUGCGGUCCAUACAGAUUUUAUGGAGAACCAGUUGUCAAAGCUUGCAUUGCUACAUGUACCCAUUACAUUGAUGUCACUGCUGAGCAACAGUUUAUGGAGCACAUGCAAAUAAAAUAUAAUACAGCAGCGAAAGAAGCUGGCGUGUAUAUAGUGUGCGCUUGUGGUUUUGACUGUAUUCCUACUGAUUUGGGAAUCAUUUUCACUCAACAGCAAUUUGAAGAAGUUAAUUCUGUUGAAGUGUAUAUGAAAAUAUGGUUUACUAGAUGUAUUCUGCCCUUUAUUAGACCGAAAGGUUCAUAUAUAUCUUAUGGAACUUGGGACUCGGCGGUACACAUGCUGGGUCAUAGAAACGAAUUACAGGAAUUACACAGAAAAUUAUAUUCGAAUGCCAACUUGCCUGAACUUACACCAAAAUUAAAAUCAAGAGGUAUACAUCGGAGCGAUGUUUCUGAAGGAUGGUCCAUGUCGGUUCCAUCGGCCGAUCGCGCAGUAGCUUGUCGAACACAGUACUUUUUACAUACCAAAUAUAACGACAGACCCGCACAAAUUCAAUUUUAUGCCACAUUUAAGUAUUUCUAUGAAUUUCUGAUGAUAGCCAUUGCCGGUAUAUUCUUAUUAAUCCUGUCUCGUCUAUCAUGCUGUCGUAAGUUGCUUCUAAAACAUCCUGCUCUAUUUACGGCCGGUUUUAUAAGUCGCAAAAAUUCGAAUUUGGAUGAGAACCAAAAAACAGUCCGUUUUGAUACGACAAUUGUAGCUCACGGAUGGACUGAAAAGUUGGCUGAAUCUAAUGACCAGCACACGAAUCCACCUAAUAAAAAAGUAAUUGCCAAAGUUUCUGGCGAAUCCCCAUAUGAAAUGACCAGUGUUGUAGCGAUUUUAUCAGCUGCAACAAUUCUAAACGAAAUUGACAAGAUACCUGAUAACGGAGGAGUACUUACUCCCGGUGCUGCGUUUGGUAGAACAUCGUUGAUUGAACAAAUGGAUAAACAUAAUAUUAAAUUUGAAAUAAUAUCUGCCGAUGUGUACAAUCAUAAAGAAAUAGUAUAGAAGAUUCUCUAUACAAUUUCUGAUAAUAUUUUCUUUCUGACAAUUUAUUAUGUUCGAGUUUGAUAUUAACAUUUUUAUAAUUUUGACUAAACUAUAUACGUUCCGUAAAUAUAUUUUAAGUAUUAAUGCACAAGUAUUAAUCACAAUAUUUCAAAAGAAUGUAUGAAAAAUGUAUAAAUUAUCAUUAUAACAAAAAUGUAUAAAUGUUUAAUAAAAGUAUAAAGGUUUAUUAAA